AUGCAACCGGCCCGGAAGCUCCUGAGCCUGCUCUUCCUCCUCCUGAUGGGCACCGAGCUCUCCCAAGUGCUGCCCACCAACCCCGAGGAGAGCUGGCAGGUGUACAGCUCCGCGCAGGACAGCGAGGGCCGCUGCAUCUGCACGGUGGUCGCCCCCCAGCAGACCAUGUGCUCGCGGGAUGCCCGCACGAAGCAGCUGCGGCAGCUGCUGGAGAAGGUGCAAAACAUGUCCCAGUCCAUUGAGGUGCUGGACCGGCGGACUCAGCGGGACCUGCAGUACGUGGAGAAGAUGGAGACCCAGAUGAAGGGCCUGGAGUCCAAGUUCAAGCAGGUGGAGGAGAGCCACAAGCAGCACCUGGCCAGGCAGUUCAAGGCGAUAAAAGCGAAAAUGGAUGAACUUAGGCCUUUGAUACCCGUGUUGGAAGAGUACAAGGCCGAUGCCAAAUUGGCCUUGCAGUUUAAGGAGGAGGUCCAGAACCUGACGUCAGUGCUUAACCAGCUGCAGGAGGAGAUGGGCGCCUAUGACUACGAUGAGCUGCAGAGCAGAGUGUCCAAUCUCGAGGAGAGGCUCCGUGCGUGCAUGCAAAAGCUAGCCUGCGGCAAGCUGACAGGCAUCAGCGACCCCGUGACCAUCAAGACGUCCGGCUCCAGGUUCGGGUCCUGGAUGACUGACCCCCUGGCCCCCGAGGGCGACAACAGGGUGUGGUACAUGGACGGCUACCACAACAACCGCUUCGUGCGGGAGUACCGCUCGCUGCAGGACUUCAUGGCCUCGGACAACUUCACGUCGCACCGGCUGCCGCACCCCUGGUCGGGCACGGGCCAGGUGGUGUACAACGGCUCCAUCUACUUCAACAAGUUCCAGAGCCACAUCGUCAUCCGCUUCGACCUGCGCUCGGCCAGCGUGCUCAAGCAGCGCAGCCUGGACUACGCCGGCUACAACAACAUGUACCACUACGCCUGGGGCGGCCACUCCGACAUCGACCUCAUGGCGGACGAGAGCGGGCUGUGGGCCGUGUACGCCACCAACCAGAACGCCGGCAACAUCGUGGUGAGCCGGCUGGACCCGGUGUCGCUGCAGGUGCUGCGCUCCUGGAACACCAGCUACCCCAAGCGCAGCGCGGGCGAGGCCUUCAUCAUCUGCGGCACGCUCUACGUCACCAACGGCUACUCGGGCGGCACCAAGGUGCACUACGCCUACCAGACCAACGCCUCCACCUACGAGUACAUCGACAUCCCCUUCCAGAACAAGUACUCGCACAUCUCCAUGCUGGACUACAACCCCCGCGACCGCGCGCUCUACGCCUGGAACAACGGCCACCAGGUGCUGUACAACGUCACGCUCUUCCACGUCAUCCGCUCCGACGAGCUGUAG